AUGUCAGCUGGGCUGCCUCAUGGGGAGGGGGAGGCACGUGGCUAUACCCUUAGCAUCCUGUUCAGCUUCUGCAUGAGUGUCAUCUGUGACACCUACAUGGUCCUUGAUUGAAACAGCAGGGGAGAAAGCAGCUCUGGUGCGAGCGUCUCUUCUGAUGAGCACACCAGAAUACAGCAGAACAGAAGGCAAGGCCACACCAAAGAGGAUCCAAGUCAGGUGCCAGCAGCAGCGAUGUCAUGA